UCGUACUCGUUUUGCACUCAAGCAGGUUUCUCGAAUGUCUUUGUUCUCAUGGCUUCUCGUCUUUACUCUUCUUCACUCUCCAAUAUCCCUCUUUUUCUUUCAAUUUCAACCCCUUCACCUUCUUCUUCUUCUUCUUCUUCUUCUUGCAAUCGCAAUUUCAAAUUCAAACCUCUUUCCCACCUCAACCAAUCUUCUUUACACCACCCAGUUACAAAUUCUUCAUCUUCAUCCAAAACCAAAAUUUGGGUCAAUCCCAAUAGAGCCAAAUCUAAACCUUUCCGAACCAAACCCUUUACCUCUAGGUCCCGUUUUCUCCUUCAACUCGCCGCGUCUUUGGACUCGUGUGAUCCCACUCAGGAACAAGUCUCUGCAAUUCUGAACCGUUUAGGAGACAAAGACAUUGCGGAAAAAGAUGCCGUGUUCAUUCUUGAUAAGAUGGUGAACCCCAAAGCUGCAUUCGUUGUUCUUAGAUACCUUAGGGACAAAGUUCAACAUGUUAGAUAUAAUGGGGUGGUUCUUUACAAUGUGACUCUCAAGGUGUUUAGGAAAUGUAACGAUUUUGAAGGAGCACUGAAGGUGUUUGAUGAAAUGCUUCAAAGAGGGGUUAAGCCUGAUAAUAUUACUUUUACUACUAUGAUUAACUGUGCUAGGAUGUCUGCUAUUCCGGAUAAGGCUGUGGAGUUGUUUGAGAAGAUGCCGGGUUUUGGGUGUGAGCCUGAUGCUGUCACAUGCUCGGCUAUGGUGUAUGCGUAUGCACAAACUAAUCAUGUUGAUUUCGCUCUACGACUAUAUGAUUUAGCAAAGAUAGAGAAAUGGCCUAUUGAUGUGAUGACGUUCUCGGCCUUGAUUAGAAUGUUUGACUUGUCUGGAAACUAUGAUGGAUGCUUGAAUGUACACUUAGAAAUGAAGAGUCUCGGUGUGAAGCCUAAUGUGAAAACGUAUAACAGUUUGUUGGUUGCCAUGUUGAGAGGUAAGAGGCAUUGGCAAGCCAAGAUUAUAUAUCAAGAGAUGAUAAGUAAUGGAGUUUUGCCGGAUUAUACGACUUAUUCAACUCUUUUGCGAGUCUAUACUAUUGCACAAUAUGGUCAAGACGCUCUUCGUGUUUAUAAAGAGAUGAAAGGGAAAGGAAUGAAUUUGACUAUAGAUCUCUAUAAUGUGCUUUUAGCUAUGUGUGCUAAAGUUGGCGCUAAUGAUGAAGCUCUAGAGGUUUUUAAAGACAUGAAAAGUUCUGGGACUUGCCAUCCCGACGUUUGGACUUUUUCAGCCUUGAGUAAUGUAUAUUCCAACAGUGGGAAAGUUUCCAAGGUGGAAGGGGUGUUGGAUGAAAUGAUCAAAUCUGGCUUUGAACCUAAUAUUUUUUUUAUGGUAUCACUUGUCAAGUGCUAUGGAAAAGCUAAGCAAAUUGACAAUAUUGUGAAUGUAUUUGAUCGAUUCUUGAAUCUGGGAAUCAUUCCAGAUGAUCGCUUCUGCGGUUGUCUGCUGAAUGUUAUGACACAAACACCGAAGGAAGAGUUUGGUAAACUAAUAAAUUGUGUUGAGAAGGUUAACACAAAACUUGGGUAUGUGGUAAGAUACUUGGUGGAAGGGCAAGAUAGUGAUGAGAAUUUCAGCAAGGAUGCAUCAGAACUUUUAAAUUCAAUUGACGCUGAAGCAAAGAAGCCUAUAUGUAAUUGUCUGAUUGAUCUUUGUGUCCAUCUGAAUCUGCCCGACAGAGCGCACAUCCUUCUUAGCAUAGGGUUGAUGCAUGGAAUAUAUAGGAGUAUGCAAUCAAGAUCUCAAACAAAGUGGUCUUUGCACCUGAAGAACCUCUCGAUUGGAGCUGCUAUGACUGCAUUUCAUGCUUGGAUAAAUGACUUAUCUAAGGCUUUGGAAUCGGGUGAGAAGUUUCCACCACUACUUGGAAUUAAUACAGGGCGAGGAAAACUCAAGAAUUCAAGCAAGGGUAUAGCUAGCAUACUUGAAUCGCAUUUGAAGGAACUCAAUGCUCCGUUCUGUGAAGAUCCAAAUGAAGCUGGCUGGUUUUUGGUUACAGAGGAAGCAGCCAAAUCAUGGCUGGAGUCCAGGGGAUCAACCCAAUCCAUCGCUGCUUUGGAUUCUAUGGUUUUAAAUGCUCCAUCAAUGGCUCUUCCACAUUGAAAAUAUUUUAAGGAAUGAUGUGCUGUGUUACUUUCAUUCAUUUUCAUACUCCAAAUUUUAAUGUCGGGUUCUGACUCCAAUUCUACUCCAGCUCCUGAAGGUCAUAAGUUAUCUUGGCAUUUUGGUAGGAAAAAGAAUAAGGAUAAUAGGAUGGGAAAGACAGAGGAAGUUGCAAUUUUCUGAUGCAUAUUCAAAAUCUGCGGAAGUUUCAAUUUUCUGAAAUUUGAAAAGCAGCCCAUAUGUAGAUAUCUCACCGAUUCUGAAUCUUUGAAAAGUCCUCUUCCUUCCUCUGAUGGAGCAUAUAUUUAUGUAAUUUUUUAUUCAUUUAUUUUUCUGCCUUGUCUUACAAAUACUUAAGUCUUUGAUAGUUAUAGUUUCUUGCAACAGAAUUGAAUGCAUUUGGUAGUAAUUGUAAGUUUUCAUGGUUGAAGGAGCAACAGGUGUUGUAUCAAAAUGUUUUCCAAAGUUAUGAUCCAAUAUGAGUUUUUUUUUUUUGUGAGGCAAUAUUAAUUGGAAGAAUGCAAUUAAGAAGAGUUCACGGUGAAAGAUAAAUACUGAACUUUUGUCAUAUUCUUUCCUUUUCCUUCUUUGUAUCUAAAGUUCUUUUCAUCCCAAAAGUUCACUAAAACCAAAUUGCCUAACUUGUUGUAUCUAGAACAAAUGUUAAAGCUUGGGUGAUAGACUAUGUAGCUCCGACACCUCUGAAAAAGGCGUGCCCGUUUUUGUGUCGGACAUUUGCACCGACACUUGUGAUUAUGUUUAAUUUAUUCAUUUUUCAAAUUAUUACCUGUGUCGCUGUGUUAGUGUCGUGUCGUGUUUGGGAUGACCGUGCUUCAUAGGUGAUAGAAUUUUUUUC